AUGAGUAAGAAAAGAAAAUACUUUGCUAUUGCCAACUCAAAAGAUUCAAAAUCAAAAAUUCCUGAUCUGAGAGUUUUAAAUAAAGGAAUUUUAAUGUCUGUUACAGUAAAUAAUAAAAGUCUUACAGCAUAUAGAGAAAUAUCUAGAAUUCUUCUCGAGGAUUCUGAAUGUGAUAAACAGGAAACUCCAAAUUGUUCAUACACUGAUUUGACAGUUGAAGAAAGUAUUGAAUUAGAGUCAAAGAAAUUGAGAAAAGAUGGAUCUAGAUUCAAGCUCAUAGAGAAUAUCUCUAGAUGUUUGGUACUGAUUCAAUUCAAUAGUCCGAACGAUAUACCGUCUGUUAUGGUUGAAAAUCUUAUGAAGAAGGCAUAUGAUCAUAAGACUAUUGGAAAGAAUAAAAAUGAUACUGAAUGUUUAUUAUCAUCCAGGUAUGUCAGUAGGCUCAUCCCAUUAGAUGUUAUUUGCUCGGUAAAAUUAGAUGAAAUUCGUAAAAAUAUAAAAAUUUUGAUAUUAUCAAAUUUCAAUUACGCUUAUUGCUCAGGUUCCAAUUAUGAACAAGAAAUCAUUCCGUUAUCUUGGGCAUGCUAUUAUAAUUCUAGAUACAAUAGCUCUGAUAUUAAGAAACAAGAGAUAUAUGAUUUGGCAUCGGAAUUAAUUUGGGGUCCUGAAGACAAUCCAAAAUACCAAGAAUACAAAAAAUUGUAUCCGGUUAAUCUUGAAAAUCCAAACAAGUCUAUUCUUAUUGAGAUUACCAGAUCUUUCUGUGGAAUUUCAAUUGUUAAAAGCUAUCAUAAAUAUUGCAAAUUCAACCUAAAUAAGAUAUCUGAUAGCUAG